AUGCACCAGACCAAAACCUGUCUCCCGCUUUCAUUCCCCUCGAAACAUCGCGCCCAAGUCGACGCGUUGCACUCCAUCUAUGUGCCGGUUAAUGUUAACGAGACACUCAUUUACCCCCGCUUUGAUCCUGGAGCAGAAAAUGACACUCAGCUUUGCGUGAAAGUUUCCGCCGACUACCAGGGACUGACAGCAACUUCGAUCUGGCUAGCCCAACUUCGUUUAAUGGACGAAGUCAACCCGGGCGGAGUAUCCACCUUCAACGGCAACCUGUCUGUGUAUCGCGAACGUGGUGGUAAAUUCCUCACAUUCCACGGGCGGAUGGAUCCCCUCAUUGCAUCGGGCAACUCCAAGCGCUAUUACCUUGUCGCCAAGACCCUAGGUCCCGGGAUGACUUCUACCGUCCUGAUUCCUGCGAUGAGCCACUGUGCAGACGGACCAGGGGCUUAUAAGUUUGGACAACCACAGUCGGUUCAAAGAACGAUGCACAACAUAAUAUUCUUUUGGCUCUUGUCGAUUGGGUCGAGGGUGGGGUUGCGCCAGACACCAUUGUGGGGACGGCUGAUAACGGUAGCACCAGAAUGGCCGCUAUGGCUCUCCAUUGACCGUGAACCCGCGCAAGUUCUGAUCCGUUUCACCAUAGGCGGAGUAGCUGUAAUCGACUUUGCUGUGGUCGUACUCCUCAGCAUCGUCCUCGCGUCGCGUACCAACCAUUCUGCAGAAUGGUACCGCAUUGCGCUCCUCAUCAUCGCAUUUCUCGCCGGGCUCGCCGCCACAUACAACUGCUGGCGCAGUCUCCGCAUCCACAAGCUGCAAACCCAGGUCCAGGCCGCAGCCGCCCACCAAUUACCAUCGUAUUACGCGCAUACGGCGCCGCCUGGAGCUGCCCCUAUCCGAUGA